AUGGCCUGUGCGGGGCUGGCGGGCUGGCCCUGGCCGCUGCUGGCGGCCGCCGGGCUCUUGCUGGGGCUCUACUGGCUGCUGAGCCGCCCGCCCCGGGGGCUCCCGCCCGGCCCCAGCCCCUGGCCGCUCGUGGGCAACUUCGGCUUCGCGCUGCUGCCCGGCCCGCUGCGGAAGAGGUGGCUACUGGGCGAGCGGGCCGGGCAGGGGGGCUCCCGGCCGCUCCCCCCGCACCUGCUCCUGACCGGCAUGGCCAAGGUCUACGGCAGCGUCUUCAGCCUCUUCGUGGGCAGCCGCCCCAUGAUCGUGCUCAGCGACUUCGAGGCGGUGCGGGAGGCGCUGGUCAGCCAGGCCGAGGUGUUCAGCGACCGGCCCAGCAUCCCCAUCGUGGCCAUGCUCACCAAGAAGAAGGGUGUCGUUUUUGCACCAUAUGGCCCGGUAUGGAGACAACAGAGGAAGUUUUCUCACUCAACUCUUCGUCAUUUUGGAUUAGGAAAGCAUAGCCUGGAACCCAAAAUCAUUGAAGAACUGAAGUAUGUGAAGGAAGAAAUGCUAAGAUAUGGAAAGGAUCCAUUUAACCCCUUUCCUAUUAUCAGCAACUCUGUGUCCAAUGUUAUCUGUUCUAUGGCCUUUGGCAGGCGCUUUGACUAUGAAGACGUUGAGUUUAAGACCAUGCUAAGUCUCAUGUCACGUGCGCUAGAGAUAAGUGUAAACAGCCAUGUACUUCUGGUCAACAUUUGUCCUUGGCUGUAUUAUCUUCCCUUUGGCCCUUUCAGAGAACUGAGACAAAUUGAGUUUGAUGUCACAGCUUUUCUAAAGAAAAUAAUUGCACAGCACAGGGACACCCUGGAUAGAGAAAAUCCCAGGGACUUCAUUGAUAUGUAUCUCCUCCAAGUGGAAGAGGAGAGAAAGAGCAACAGUGAGAGCAGCUUUAACGAAGACUACCUGUUUUUUAUCAUUGGUGACCUCUUCAUCGCAGGUACUGACACCACUACCAACACACUGCUCUGGUGUCUGCUCUAUAUGUCUCUCCACCCAGAAGUACAAGAAAAGGUUCAUGCAGAAAUUGAAGUGGUCAUCGGGCGUGACAGAGCUCCUUCUCUCACUGACAAGGCUCAUAUGCCCUUCACAGAGGCAACCAUCAUGGAGGUACAGAGGAUGACUGUGGUUGUUCCUCUUUCUGUUCCUCGAAUGGCCUCAGCAACUGCUGUGCUACGGGGAUAUACUAUUCCUAAAGGCAGUGUGAUUGUGCCCAACUUAUGGUCAGUGCACAGAGAUCCAAAUAUAUGGGAGAGACCAGAUGACUUCCAACCAACAAGAUUUCUGGAUGAAAAUGGCCAGCUAAUCAAAAGAGAAAUGUUCAUUCCUUUCGGAAUUGGUAAACGUGUGUGCAUGGGAGAGCAGCUGGCAAAAAUGGAGCUGUUCUUGAUGUUUGUAAAUCUCAUGCAAAAUUUCACCUUUUUGUAUCCUGAUAAUGCUACAAAACCAGCCAUGGAAGGAAGAUUUGGUCUAACUUUAGCUCCAUAUCCAUUCAAUAUAAUUGCUUUGAAGAGAUGAAGAAACUUGAAAAAAGACUAAAUGAAGAGAGACUGCACUUAGCAAAUUCAGCUUUAUAUUUUUAUCGUUCUAAGGUAUGAAAACAUAUUCAAUAAAAAUGAUUGGUGAACAUUCCUUGAAUAUGAACUAGUAACUCAGGGUUAGCUGCUGAGUUCCAAAAGUGACUAGAUGAGAGCAUGGCAGCCAAUUUGAUGUUCUUCACCUUUUAAUUCCUUUUUAAAGAUACAGUUACCCAAUCUGUUACCAUUAAUUUUGGGACAAAAGACCAAAAUAACACACGAUGCUUUACAAGUAUCAAGUGUCAUUUUGGUCAAUAUGUUUUCAAAGUGCUUUGUGUAUACACUUGCCAGACAAAAGGAAGGAUGUGAUCAACUAAUACUAGAGGAAGCAUUAAAUGACUUAAGGGAUUUGUAUGUUUGUAUGAAGAAAUAUGGUGACUAAAUAAAUGCUAUGUUGCUGAAGAGUGUUAGAAAUGACAAGAACAGUGAUACUAAGGCUCGCAAGUGGCUCUUUAAUGUUUCUCCUGCGGCUCUUUGCAGCACUAGAUAUU